CACGAACGAGUCAUCAGGCCGUCAUGCUGUCGGGUCUGAGUCAGUCGCUAGGAAGCUGGCUACACACUGCGGCCAUCCAUCGAGCUGCAGCAAUGCUCCUCCGCCCUCCGUAUACACAUACCACCUGCAACAUACACAGAGAGAGAGAGAGAAGCGUCGGCUUGCCUCCUGUGUGUGAUGCUGUGUGCUGCAGUGUUGUGUGGUCUCACCCUCCCUUGGCCGCUGUCUAUGAGGGCUGUCAGAUCGGUUCAGCCGCUCCUCACCUGCACACAGAACACAUACAGCAGUGCCAUCCACAGCCAGCCAGCCAUGUGUGCCCUCCGUUCCCCUCACACGCCCACCUGCCAUAUUAUAUAUAUAUAUAUUAUAUAUUUCCAUCUCAUCGCAUGUGAAGUCCAUGGACUGCGCCAAUGUGCCGUGGCCCUGCCCAGUCUGCCGCCCCUUGUAUCCCUCAGGCAAAUGGUCUUUGUCGAUCCACUGCUGGCAGCGGCUGAGGUCGGCCGCCGGACCAGGCCGAGCAAAGCCCAGCCAGAGAUAACCGUAGCCGAUGCACAGAUUCCCAUGCGGCUCGCCCUUGUUGUCCGUCACCGCCCCCUGUGUGCCGGCCACCUCCACCUGCUGCAUGUCCUUGGGUAUCUCGAUCUUGGUCGGCGCAUCGUACGCACCCGACAGCGCGUAGAGGAAGACCGGAACCUUGUAGAGGUUGGUCUGUGUGGGGUCAGCAGGUGGUGUGAUCUGGCCGUCCAUGAAGGCCCCGAAUCGGUGAGUGUCGCCGUCUCGGAGGGCGAAGAGCAGGCCGCUCUUGCCGGUCACCUUGUUGAGGAAGGAGGGGUACCCGAACGUGUCACGACUCGACCUGAUUGACACACAGAAGGACAGUGUGGUCUCGUCCUGUCAGCUGCCUUGGCGUGUGAGUGCUGCAUCUCACUUGUACAGCAGCGAUGGCGCCACGGCGAUUUUCUUGUCCGUCAUCUUCAU